GUCAUCAGCAGGGAACGACGCCGACGACGUACAAGUCAUGCGACGCGCAUCCCUUGAUCUUGCUGAUGCUGUUUAUCUCGUAUUUUACACCGUCAAACGAGCUGCCUUUAAAGACUUCACCGUCAUAGCACAAUAUUAACAUCAGUGUUUUGCUUUCGGGUCCGCUCGAGUGUAUGUUUGCGUGACUAAACUGCCUUGUUGCUGUUUUGCUUCUCCUCAGAAACAGCCAUGUUUCACAACAGCUCGCACAAAAAGUACUGGCUGUUUGACAGUGAGGACACCGUGGAGCAGCUGAGAUGCAAGGCCAACAUGAAGUUCCGCAAUAAAGUGCUCUCCAGUGGGAAGCCUGGGGUGAGUGAGUCCCUGUUCCUGGAGCGUCAUGAGGAGGACGUGUUGUUCAGACACUAUGAGAGGAGGCUGCUGGACUUCUGUAACGCCUUCAAACCUGUGAUGCCAAAGUCUGUUGUGGGCACCGCCAUCAUGUACUUCAGGAGAUUCUACCUGAACAACUCACUCAUGGAGUAUCACCCCAGGAUUAUAAUGCUGACGUGUGCAUACUUGUCCUGUAAAGUGGAUGAGUUCAAUGUGUCCAGCGGGCAGUUUGUGGGCAACCUUCUGCAGGAGACGCCGGCGGGUCAGGAGAAGGUUGUGGAGCAGAUCCUGGAGUAUGAACUCCUGCUUAUCCAGCAGCUCAACUUCCACCUCGUGGUCCACAACCCCUACAGACCCAUGGAGGGCCUGCUCAUUGACCUCAAGACGAGAUACCCUCCACUGGAGAACCCAGAGUCUCUGAGGAAGAGUGCCGACGACUUCCUGACACGGGCGGCCAUGACAGAUGCAGGGCUGCUGUUCCCCCCCUCUCAGAUUGCCCUGACAGCCAUUCUGGGCAGCGCCUCACGGGCCGGCCUCAACAUGGAGAGUUACCUGACAGAGUGCAUGGGACUGAAAGAGGACAAAGAGACCCUCUCCCAGUUGUACGACUCAAUGAGACGGAUAAAAAGCCUCAUAAAGAAGUAUGAACUCCCCAAACCUGAGGAGGUGAAUGUCUACAAGCAGAAGUUGGAGAGGAUCCAAGCUGAAUUCACCACCAGCUCAAACAACAAAAGAAAAAGAGGAUAUGAAGAUGACGGUCAUGUGGCAAAGGAACCUCGCAUGACAGAGGAGGAGUGGACUGAUGAAGACUUGCUAUGAACAUUUAUUUGUAUUUAUGGUUUUGAAUCCAAACUUUCAAUAGCAGUAUUCAUCUGUCUGUGUUAAUGAAACACAAAGGACCAAGUUGUAUAGAAAACAUGUGGAGUGUGUCUUUCAGAAAAAUGCAGGCCAGAUAUUUACUUUUGCAGAUAACAUUAAGGUGAAAUGUCCUUGGUUUCCCUUCUUUCUGUAAAAAGAAUAAAAAUAUUUUUCUACAUAA